UCUCGGGUCUGAGGACCUGCGGCUCCUGGAGCAGGAGAUGCAGCGGCUCUUCAUGCUUGGAUACCGCUGGUCGCACACCUACACCCAGUGUGUCCUCCAGACGCUGCUGCACUCAAUCAGCCACAAGACCAAGUUUGACCUGAGUACCUGCAAUGGCGAGCUGGACCAGGACCUGGAGGGAGCGAUCAGAGCCAUAGAGGGAGAGGAACUGGAGCAGGUUGACCCCCGCAACCUGGCCAUCGUCCGCUUCACGCCCUCGGCCACGGACCCGCACACGGACUUCGCCGACGAGGUGUACUUCCCGCCCAUCAGGGAAGGCGCGGCGCACAACGGCUUCACGCCCUCGGCUUCCGGCGACGACGGAGACGCCCACGCCGACUUCGCCGACGAAGUCUACUUUCCACCCGGGGGGGAGUCCAACGCCAUCAACGGGGAUCGCGACCACCAGGAGUCCGCCACGAGCGAGCCGGGCGCUUCGUCGGGUCCUCCUCGAUCCGCCGGCGCCCACCGCCCCCAGCAGGAGGGAAUCGGAGCGGGCGGGGGUGGGUCCCUCCCUGCCAACCCUCCCGGCCCCCCCACCGACCACGCCAGCGCCCCCUCCCUGCCGCACGACCACCCGAUGCUGCAUGACGACGGCCAGUUCGACUACUACGGCGAGAACGACUACGACGACUACCAGUCUCCGUACCACUACCAGUCCCCCGUCAGCCCCAUGAUGUUCCGGAAGCGCGGCAUGGGUCUUCCCCGCGGCAACGACGUCAUGUAUCGGGACGCCGCUCUGCCCAGCAAGAUCGCCGCUAUCUUCGACGACAUCAGAAGGAUGCGGGACUCGCGGCAGCAGGCCUUCCAGUCGAGGAACCAGUACCCGACGCCCGAGGAGAGAGUGGCCUUCCCUGAGCGGCUCCUCAAGAACGAGUUCGGGUACGACGACGGCGACGAGGACGAAGACGAGGGCGUGUUCGAGGAGCAGCCCGUGAGGCCAGCGUAUGCCCAGCGCCUCCAGUUCUUCGGCGGAAACGAGGACUUGUUGGGUCCGAGUGUGGAGUCGAAUGCCUGGAGUCCAGACCGGCGGCUGGAGGAGAAUCAGCGCGGGGAAGUCAUGAGGAACAACAUGCCCGACCUGCUGCAGGAAUCUCUCGACCUCCAGGACAUCUUGCGGAGCUUCCGGCCUCAGAUGGGAGGCGGCGGUGGGCCAGGAGGAUACCCUGGCAACGCCCCUGCAUUCCCCAGCAUGAGCAGGAACACCAACUUCCAGGACUUCGCGGGAAUCCCACAGGAAAGGUUACCGGAGUUCGUGCUGCCCGACCCCUACCUCCCAGAAGUCCCGAGGCCGAGGUUCGGCCUUGAGAGCGGACCCGAGGCGGCCUUCUUCGACCGCCGGGACGACCUGGAGGAGUACCAACUGGAGCAGCUGGAGCAAGAGGUGGAGAAGCAGCUGGCUAGGGAGUCACCAAGGACUUCUGCGCUGCGGGAAGCGUUUGGUCCACAACUGAACGCGCUGGACGACUACGGUAACGACUACGACGAAUACGGCCUGGACGACUACAGCGACUACCCCGGAGGCCGGCAGAUGCUCUUCGGAGAUUCGCCUUUUGCGCUCCAGAAAAAGGACGAGGAAACACUUGGAGACGACUACGCCGAGCUGCUGGCGGGCGAGGACCUCAACUUCCAGCGGCCGGAGCGGGAGGACGUGAAGAAGCCCGGUCCCCCCUACAGCGUCAACAACUUCGCCUUCAAGAACAGCGACGACGAGGAGGAGAACAACAGAGGCUAUGAAGAGCUGGACGACCAAGAACCCGUGGCUGAAGGAGGUGACGUCAUGUUGCCUCGCCUUCUGCAGGAGGGUCGUGCGUUGCCUCCUGAGCAGCUCGACCUCAGAGAAGUCAGUGACCUGCAAGCCGCCAAGCUCCUGGGACCCGCCAUACAGCCGGAAGAGCAAGUUCCUGAUCUCCUUCUGGACGACGAGGUUUUGGUAGACAAGGCAAGCGAUGACGUUAAUGGCGGAGACCCCAAGAUGGCAAGACUCAAGGCCGUGUCGGAGGAACCUGCGCCAACGCAAGCCUCCACGGAGACGCCGCACUACAAACCCAUCUCGCCCGAUACGGUCUAUAUCAACGUCAACAGAAGUUUCGAGUCGUGGGCUGAAGCAAAGAAGCUGGCAGACCUUGUCAUGCGCGAGGCCGGCCUGGGCGGAGAUCACUUGGGCGAACUCAGUAAGGAUGGCGGCCAGGUCACCUUCCGGAUCAAAGAAAACGGCAGGGGGAUUACCGCAUCCGACGUGGCAAAGAAAGCGAACGACCAGGACCUUCGAGAGCAAGUGAAGAAGAAGCUCGGCCUUGAGAUCAUGGGCACGGAGGCUGUUACGAAGAAGAGAAACGGGGAGAAGCCUCGCGGGGAAAAGAACAGCGCGACGAAGAGGAAGGAGAGGAGGAGAAGAGAGGAGGUAGGAAAAACGCCGGAGAAAUGGCCGACGAGAAAAGGUCGGACUCUGCUGGCACUUGGGCGUCGAAUCGAACACCAGUCGGCCAUGUCGGUGCCGGUGUUCUCCCCGAGCGAAAACCACAUCCUGGCGGCGGCGGCGAUCGUCUGCGGGGUGAUGGCGGCGCUGCUGGUGGGGGCCACGGUCCUCUUCUUCCUCCGCAGGCACGCCAAGUCCCGAGCCAAGCUGCAAGGACUCACGGCGCACGACACGGAAGCCUCCAAGGACUACCAGGACCUCUGUCGGGCACGAAUGGCAGGCAAAACCGGCGGCGAAGGAGGGAAGACGGAGCCAGCGCCAACGCACGCACAGGGACAACGCGUCUCCAGCCUCUCCAGGGAUUCGGACAACGGCAACAACUCACCUUCGUCGCGGUCGUCCACCAGUUCAUGGAGUGAGGAACCCGUUGCAUCCAACAUGGACAUCUCAACGGGUCACAUGGUGCUGUCGUACAUGGAGGACCACCUGAAGAACAAGGACCGCCUCGAGCAGGAGUGGAUUGCCCUCUGUGCCUACGAAGCCGAGCCCUGUGCGACCACGCUGGCCCUCAAGCCUGAGAACAACAAGAAGAACAGGUAUCCAGACGCUGUUCCUUACGACCACAAUCGAGUUGUUCUGAACGCGCACGCAAACGUCAACGGCUCAGACUACAUCAACGCCUCCUCCAUUACGGACCACGACCCCCGCAACCCCGCCUACAUCGCCACCCAAGGGCCCCUCGACGCCACGGCAGCCGACUUCUGGCAGCUGGUGUGGGAACAGGGCAGCGUGGUGAUCGUUAUGCUGACGAGGCUCACGGAGAACGGACACGCCUUCUGCCAUCGCUAUUGGCCUGAGGAAGGGAGCGACCUGUAUCACAUUUAUGAGGUCCAUCUGGUCUCGGAACACAUCUGGUGCGACGACUACCUGGUCCGUUCCUUCUACCUGAAGAACGUGCGGACCGGCGAGACGCGCACCGUCACGCAGUUCCACUUCCUCUCGUGGCCCGACUCUGGCACUCCGGCGUCCACCAAGGCACUGCUCGAGUUCAGAAGGAAGGUCAACAAAUCUUACAGAGGGAGGUCGUGCCCCAUCAUCGUGCACUGCAGAAUCCAGAUAAGGAGACGCCUCUGA